AUGUUUCUAGUGCAUGGCAACUUACUUUGGGGCAAUAUCGAUGAUUCGAUAGGACUUGCUAAGGAAAAUCCACGCGGAAUCUCUCAUGUCUUAACAAUCGAUGCACAACCAGUCAAAGAGCUCGAUAAUUUAUCAUUGCAUGUUAAAUUUGUCCAAGCUUUAGAUACUCCAUUUACCGACUUACUCGAUCAAAUCGAAGACUGUAUCCAGUUUAUAAACGUAGGCAUGGAUCAAGGCAAAGUUCUCGUCCAUUGUACAGCUGGGCUAUCCAGAAGUGCUUUUGUCCUGAUUGCGUAUCUUAUGAAGAUGGAAGAAAAGCCAUAUACCGAAGCUUAUAAUGCUCUUAAAUCGAUUAAUGCAAACAUGUGUCCCAAUGUAGGAUUUGUUCAACAGUUACAAUUAUACGAAAAAUUAAAUUGCAAAAUUAAACCAUCCGAUGCUGAAUAUAGAAAUUAUCAAUUGCAAAACACAGCAAGAAUGUAUACAGUACUUGGCGAUGUUAGUAAAGUUAAAUCAUUCAUUCGUAGCUCUCAUCAUGGCCUACUAAAUGGAAAAAUUGUAUAUAAAUGUAGAAAAUGCAGGUCAUUACUAUACUCAGAAAAUAAUAUUCUAACACAUUCAAUUGGCACUGGACAAGGGGCAUUCAAGUGGAGAAAACGCAAUGCAAAAAAUAAUAAUAAUCAACAACAUGAUGUCUCAGUAUGUAGUUCCUAUUUCAUACAACCAUUGCCAUGGAUGGAAUCAGUUAUUGUUGGAAAUGUGGAAGGAAAACUCUCAUGCCCUAAAUGUAAUAAUCGUAUUGGUUCAUUCAACUGGGCAGGUUCACAGUGUUCUUGCGGAGCUUGGAUUACACCUUCCUUUCAAAUUCAUCGGAAUAAAAUUGAUGAAUCAAAGUAG